CAAACGCACCGUUUGGUUCGUAUUUCCCUCACUGUUAUGUUGUGGUGGGACACGUGACUCUGCGGUCCUCCGGGUCUGACGUCACUCCGUCGCUGUCUCCCGGUCCAACAUGGAGUGAGGAGGAGGAGGGAUGGGGCUCUACCGGAGCCGUUCUGACCGACACCGGCGCGCCGGAGGACGCGGCCCGGCCUGAGGAGCGGAUCCAGAACCAGAACGGCGCACGCGCACGCGGAUCACUGAACCGAGCCGCGCGCCUCAGAGAAGCGCCGCCGCCGGCAUGAAGAGUCCGCGCCGCGCGGCGGCUCCGCGCCACCGGAGGUGAACCGGGGAAAAAUGAACGAGGACGCGCGCCCAGAGGAUGACAGCUACAUCGUGCGCGUGAAGGCGGUGGUGAUGACGAGAGAUGAGUCCAGCGGCGGCUGGUUGGCGCAGGACGGCGGUCUCAGCAGAGUGGGCGUGUGCAGACUGCUGCCCGACCAGCUCCCGGGCCGGUUCUCCUUCCUCAUCCACGGGGAGCGGCUGAAGGACCGGCAGGUGAUCCUGAAAUGCUUCUUAAAGAAAGACCUGGUGUACACCAAGGCCACGCCCACAUUCCACCACUGGAAGGUCGACAACAGGAAGUGCGGCCUGACCUUCCAGAGUCCGUCUGAUGCCCGAGCCUUCGACCGCGGCGUGAGGAAAGCUCUGGAGGACCUGACAGAAGGCUCCACCACGUCUUCCUCCACGCUGCAGAACGAAACUGAGCUGGGAGACGACGACGUGUUCACGACAGCCACUGACAGCUCCUCCAACUCCUCUCAAAGGAGAGAGCCGGCGAUGCCCGCCUGGCCUCCAGCCUAUUUCUGUGAACCCCGCCGGCACCACUGCAUUCUGGGACAUUUCUACGAGCAGCCCCGAGCCUUGGACCACUGCUUCCUGGAGCAGGCGGUGCACAUAAUUCCGCAUCAUGUCGGCUUCCAGGUGGACGAGGAAGACAUCGUACGCAUCAACCCUCGAGAGCGAAGCUGGCUCACCGGCUACGAGGACUACCGGCACGCCAACUCCACCCAGGACAACAUGGCGCCGCCCCACACCCCGGACACCUACGUACACUUCACCAAGAACGAAGGCCCCAAACGGGACCACCCCUACCCGUUCCCGCUGAGCUGCAGCGUUCGGCCGUGCUGUGACAGCAAGGCGGGCUGCGGGGAGCUGGCGGGGGGCCACAGGACGGUGGUGACUCUGCCCCCGAGGGCCCUACCGCCCAAAUGCAAACGCCACGCGGAAGACAAGGAGCAUUUCCGCUGCGUCUACUGUCAGGAUGUGUUCAAGCAGGAGGAGAACUGGCGGGGCCGCUGCCAGGAGGCCCCAGACCCCGUUCAGACCUGCAUCCGGCGCGUCAGCUUCAUCUGGUGCGCCGACAGCCUGCUCUACCACUGCAUGUCCGACCCGGAGGGCGACUACUCCGACCCGUGCUCCUGCGACACCAGAGACGAGCACUUCUGCCUGCGCUGGACGGCGCUGGUGGGCCUGUCCCUGCUGGCGCCCUGCAUGUGCUGCUACGGGCCGCUGCGGGCGUGCCACCGCUGCGGCGUGGCCUGCCACUGCUGCGGUGGAAAACACAAAGCAGUGGGCUGAGGCGCCGGAGCCCCGCCCACCCUUGAGACCACUUGCCAAUGAAAACCGCUGUGAUUUCUGUCGUUUGUCUUGAUCUCCGGGACGCAGACGCUGGUCUGGAUUCAGAUCCUGGUUCUCCUCUGUGAAGUUCAGGUCUAAACAUCCAGUUUGUUCCCAGAGAAAACAUUCAUUCAGUGGAUAAAUGUCUCAUUCCGUGGUGUCGCCGUGCACAUGCAGUUCCAAAGCCUUCAUACCAAAUCCCACCAGCACCAGGUGGGCCUGAUGCUACAGAAGAUGCUGACCAACCGGUGAAGGGCGGACUCUGCCGGUUUCUGCCUGGAGAAGUCAAUCCUGGUUCAUUUGACAUGGUCAAGGAACUUGAAUGUUUUCAGGACCAAAGGACCCCGUCCUCUGAUCGAAUGACUUCAGUCUCAGCUCUGGUGCUGCCGGGGAUCUUCCUAAAGCGGACUCCUUUGGACAAGAGGAAAACAUACGGGGGGCCAGGGGGGUCUCCUGAACCAGGUCUAACUGGGUUAACUGAAGACCCUUCUGCCCCAGAGUCUGGACCAGUUCUGUCCUGGAAACUGUGAGCCAUGCAUGGAUCCAGCUGUGCGCCGCCUUGUUUUCCGUUUGGUAUUUUGGAAAAGUUGUUGAACAGACUGAGAGUCGUGAGGUUUUCUGUACAUAGUGACAAAUCCGGAGCCGUGUUUGUGGAGAUGUCAUUUUCCUCGCGUGUUUCCGAUCUUCAGUGUUGUCAUGUCUGCAGACUCGGUGAAGUUUCAGCCUUAAAACGUUACCAGGAGAUACCAGGAGAGGCAGUCAGAGGGGGACACAGUAUGGCAGACCCGCAGACCUGUAGGCCUGUAGACCUGUAGACCUGUAGACCUGUAGACCUGCAGACCUGGAGACCUGCAGACCUGGAGACCUGCAGACCUGUAGACCUGCAGACCUGUAGACCUGCAGACCUGGAGACCUGCAGACCUGGAGACCUGUAGACCCGUAGACCUGCAGACCUGUAGAAAUGGAGACCUGUAGACCUGCAGACCUGUAGAAAUGGAGACCUGUAGACCUGCAGACCUGCAGACCUGUAGACCUGCAGACCUGUAGAAAUGGAGACCUGUAGACCUGCAGACCUGUAGACCUGCAGACCUGUAGACCUGCAGACCUGUAGACCUGUAGACCUGUAGACCUGCAGACCUGCAGACCUGUAGACCUGCAGACCUGUAGACCUGUAGACCUGCAGACCUGCAGACCUGUAGACCAGCAGACCUGGAGACCUGUAGACCUGCAGACUGCAGCUCCAGUCUGGGUUCCUUCAGAGUGGGAUGGAAUCAUGUGAUCAGAAGCUGUCAGGUGUCAUUCGGACCAACAUUCAGAGUCACAUCCAUCCGUUCAGACGAGACGUUCAAAGACUCGUUCACUGCUAAAGCAGAAGAACUGGUGGACAAUGAGGUUCAGUCGUCAUGGAAACGUCACUCUCAGAGACAAACAAACAUUAACGUGAAGCUGGGAGUCCAUUUGAAAUGUCUUUCUGUUAUUCACUGGUUCUGUUCGGAUGGUUCUGGUCCUCUGAUCCGGUGAGAUGAAGGAAUGUGUUUAGAUGGAGACAAACCUGGAAGAGUUUCUGUAGGAUUGUUCAGAAGGACACAGACGGACCAAGAGGAUGGAUCCUGAUGGGUUCUGAUGGAUCCUGAUGGGUUCUGAUGGAUCCUGAUGGGUUCUGAUGGAUUCUGAUGGAUUCUGAUGGAUCCUGAUGGAUUCUGAAUGAUCCUGAUAGAUUAUCCUUGGUUCUGAUGGAUCCUGAUGGGUUCUGAUGAAUCCUGAUGGGUUCUGAUGGAUUCUGAUGGAUUCUGAAUGAUCCUGAUAGAUUAUCCUUGGUUCUGAUGGAUUCUGAUGGGUUCUGAUGGAUUCUGAUGGGUUCUGAUGGGUUCUGAUGGAUUCUGAAUGAUCCUGAUAGAUUAUCCUUGGUUCUGAUGGAUCCUGAUGGGUUCUGAUGGAUCCUGAUGGGUUCUGAUGGAUUCUGAUGGAUUCUGAUGGGUUCUGAUGGAUUCUGAAUGAUCCUGAUAGAUUAUCCUUGGUUCUGAUGGAUUCUGAUGGGUUCUGAUGGAUUCUGAUGGGUUCUGAUGGAUUCUGAAUGAUCCUGAUGGAUCCUGAUGGAUUCUGAUGGGUUCUGAUGGGUUCCGAAGGAUUCUGAUGGAUUCUGAAUGAUCCUAAAGGAUUCUGAGGGGUUCCGAUGGGUUCUGAUGGGUUCUGAUGAGUUCUGAUGGGUUCUGAAUGAUCCUGAUGGGUUCUGAUGGGUUCUGAUGGGUUCCGAUGAGUUCUGAUGGGUUCUGAUGGGUUCUGAAUGAUCCUGAUGGGUUCUGUGCGUUCACAGUCCUACUCUCCAUCAGUACUGCAGUGUUUAGGUCUUUCUGCUUCUGAUCCCGGACAGAAACUCAAACUUUUUAUUUGAACUGAAGCUCCUCCCACCGGCCUCAGGACGGAGACCCGGCGGCAACAUCCUGACCGCGGUGUUCUGGGCUCGGUGCAGAUGUUUUUGGGUUUGAGUCCGGGUUCUGUGUUCACGGCUUUGGGAAAGAACAGACUUUGGUGUGUUGGGAUGAAGACGCGGCGUUUGUCCGGCACCUGCGGGGGUGGGGUCUGCGUACACGUUGUGGCGGUCGCUUGCUGAGCCGCUGCAGUAUUCCAGUUACCGUCCUGCUUUCCAUCCCGCUCCCCCAUCCUCACUAAUGGGGGGGUCAUCCAUAGUGACCCUGACGGGGGAACGUUGUGGGUCAGCUGACCUGAAAACCUUCCUGAUGGAACAAACGUGGGUCAUUUGGGGAAGGUCGGCGUGCAGGACGCUGCAGCACAGAGCCGCUGCCUCUGGCGGUGAUCUGGUUUCCUGUGGCGUGUCUGCUCCUGGUCUCAGACAUGAUCCUCAUCAGACGUGUCACUGCCACGCUCACCGCUCCGCCUGGACAGGCAAUCUGACAGACGACAAAGCUCUGGCUGCCGUUACCAUGACGACGGCUUACCUGUGAGGGGGCUGACGUUAGCCGCAGGAAGUGAGCGCUGAGGCUAAACCGUCAGCGUUCCUGAUGUUCUGUGAAGCUCAAUGAAGAACCAAAGCGCUGACCUGAGGCCCUGAGAGCGCCAAGGGGUCCAGGUCAAACUGAACCGUCCCGGCGUGGAUGCACGGCGCUCAGGUGAACGCUGGUUCGUCUCAGCCUCGCUGUGAUGCUGAGUCAGCAGAACCGCUGUCCAGAGGUUCUCACCUGGUUGGAGAUCAUUCCCGCCUCCAUGGAACCAGAAAUCACAGGAGUCUGAAGGUGAGCUGCAGCACCUGUGCGUGGAACCAGAAGCUCCGCCCUCGUGGUUCCAGUUCUGAACUGCAGCACAGUUUGGGUUGGGACGUCCAGACUGGAGGGCUUGGUCCUGGAGGUUCCGCCUCUUCAUGACGGCGUGAAUCGGUGCAGACGUCAGCGGUCCACGCCGCAGCUGUGAGGUCAGAAGCCGUCACGUCGUGGAGGCGUGGCCUCAUCCGGCUCGGCUCAGCCUGGCGUCUCCGUCGAGUCACAGCUGCAAGAGAUGAACGUUUUUCUACACGGACGAGUCGUUUCUACUGGUGGAAGCAUCAGAACUUCAUACAUGUGGAUCAGGUGUAUGCUGUACAUUUUCAGUUCUAUUUUUUUAUUGUUUUUAAAAUGGUCGAUGUAUCCGAGACUAAAACAUCAUCUGGACAUUAAAGGUGAAUCCUCGA